GCUUUUUUCAUCUCUAUUAUUUACUUAAAGUUCCUGUAUCACAUUUCAGGUCGCUUAAAAAUGAUGCCAGCUUAUUGACGGAUUAUAGUCUGGUGCAGUCUUUCAUCAUUAGACAUUUAUAUGUUUUCAAAACAUGCUUGAUAGAGCUUAGUUUUUGUUAUGAUGAUACUUAUUUAGACAAUGUGGAAGAAAUUAUGACGUUCUACUCGAACUUGACAAUGAAUUUGUUGCCAAAGUGGCGACCGGAGGAGAACUAUAAAAGACAUCUGAACCCGAUUUGUCGCAAAUUAAUCUAUUACAUCAGGUUGUAUCUGUUGUGUAGAGAAGAUCGAUGUUUGCAUGUUCUUAUGAAAUUGAAAAUCAACGAAAAUUCUAAGGAACACAGGCAUUUCAUGAAUCAUCUAUAUAGAGCGUUCUUCUUGAGGAGGGAGCCAGAGGAGAAGACAGAUCUAGCAUUUUGUCGAGCAUAUAUCUUAUUCCAGCAGUGGAAGAAGAUCAAAGACAAAUCGACCUGGAAGCAUAUGGAUGAAACUAUGUAUAGCUUGUUUGACAGAACUGUUGAAGAUGUGAAGACAAAUGAGAGAAUACUUUAAAAUUAGGCAAACAGAAAGCAUUCAAGACUUCAGUAAUUUAAGUGACUUUGUAAUAGAUAGAAUUGAUCCUGCAGCGGAUAAGACAGAAGAUCCAGACUUAGAUGUGUAUUACAUGAAUUAUCGGAAAUCAAUGGCCGAGGUUUCCAGAAGUGGCUCUUCUGAAUUAAUAGAAGAAAUUGAUUCUGAUGACGAUUGCCAUUUUGUGGGAGUUAUAUAUAAUUCCAGAGAGAUUAUACAUGAAAUUCUUGAUGACGAUCACAUUGAAGACAUGAUAUCCACGAAAAGUAGUACUGAUCCUUGUGAGAAAACGGAAGAGAUACAUUCAAAUUUAUCGUUUUUGGAUACAAUUUCUACCCCGCCUGAACAUAACACUGCCAAAUCACAAACAUCAACUGUUGAGCAAAUCAGAGCCUACAAUGAUAUUCCUUUAUCAGUUAGUGACAGUCAGAUAAACGAAAACGAACAUAGUCAGGAACACAUAUUAAAUAUAGGUCAACAGCCAUCAUCAAACGACGAUAUUGAAAAAAGCCUCAGUAAUAUCCUGACACCACCUUCAGACGAUAGGGAGUAUGAUAAUAUAGGCGAAGUGACAAACACUGAUUCUGAAGCAAUUCUAGAACUUGUUACUGAAAGUGACAAGGAAAUCAACACGCGAAAAAGAAUCAGUGAAACGUAUGACAAAAUGGAGGUCUGUCCUGUUGCAUCACAAUUCAAGGAUACAUCAGCGAUACGUGAAGCAACUAAGUCUACUGUGAUAGCAGAAGAAAAUUUUCAAAAGAGGCAAAGCAUCAGAAGUAGAGAUAAAUAUCAUUUUGAGUACAGCGAUCGAAUACCCACAAGUACACCAACUAUCAAUGAAAUGGUUGCUUUGCCACAUCUGUCCUCGAAUACGUUCGCAACAUUGAAUAACUCUCCAAGCUCAAGCAAUUUAGAAAGAAGAAAUGAAGACACAUAUUCUUUCACAGAGUAUCCAGAUACAUCUAGUAGGUCUAUAGAUAUGCAUGUUGACUUUGCACAUGAUGCUCAGAAUACUGGACAAGUUUUGGAAUCUGAGCAACAUAUCAGAAAUCUGGACUUAAUUAAUACAUCCGGAACCAAAUGUGUUUUAGUAAAAAGUUCCUAGUUGCUGAGAUAUAGAAUGUUAAAGUUUAUUCAAGAUAUUUUUUUCUCAGCUCAAGUUGAGUUGAGACAUUACAGAGAAACGCGGAACUCUUUGAACUUGGCGUACAGUCCGGAAGACUCUGCUCCUGUAUUGGUAGCCCCAAUACGAACAGCUUAACUUAAAUGAUGGGCACACGUCAGGGGGGUUUGGCCGCAUAACGCCACGGCUUGGUAUAUUUCUCUUUACAUAUUGCAUCGUACGAUAUUGUUUGUGAAAUGUAGCCCACCAUGGCCGAAUGGACAUGAACCACCGUCCACCUCCCUGUUCUGCAAUUUUCAGUCCCCCCUCCUCCGCGGUGAGACGGACAUCUUCGUGAAUCGUAAGCCUCUUUGGGGUUGUCGGACACCCCCUGCCAAAACGCUGUGGCUUAGAUGUUUCUAUUUACUUAUUACAGCCAUACGUUUUGUGAAAUGUAACCCCUGGACGAAUCAAAACUCAAAACCGCCCCAUGCUCUGCAAUUUUCAAUCGCCUC